AUGGACGAAGCCAUGGAUUACGCAUACCAUCAUCCGGAGCAGCCUCAGGGUCAGGCACAGAAUCCGUACGCACAACAGCGACCACGAUGCCCUUAUUUCCUCAACAGAGAAGGCCAACAGCAACUCCCUGGGAUGCCACAGCACCGCUCAACAAUGCACUACGACCCUGUUCACUCUUCAGCGAAUUACCCAAAUUGGCAGCCUCAAGUGCCACCGAUACCUGGGCCAUAUCACUGGCAACACCAACCCCACAUGAUGAACCACCGGGGACAUCCGGCACCCCAGCACCGGCCUUCGAACUCGGGCUCUGAGGCACCUUACUACAACCAUGUACCUGUUCCGAACUUUGGCAAUGUGGCUGGUGGCUACUCAGGGGCAGCCCCAAGCGAGAUGGUAGGCCCUCCAAACAUGCAGCCGUCGUUCCCUCAUACGCAGCUCCCUCCGGUGAGAUUCAAUCUUUCGACAGCCCUACCAGCAGGCCAUCCGGCACAAGGCCAGCCGUUCUACACCAGCUCUGAGAGGAACUUUGGUGGGCAAAAUGCUGCACCUCGCCACAACGCCUUUAACACGGCUUCUCACUCUGUGAAUACAUCAACUCCUCCCGUAGCACAAACUAGCUCAGAACACCUUGUGGCAGCCCUGAAUCCUCCCCAGAUCGAGACAUCAGACUCUACUGGAGGUACAAAUCAAGCACCAUCUUCUGGGGCCAGCAUCCAGUUUGGAUCUGCUCCUCCUUCAUCUGCUCUCCACCGCAGCACUGCAACCUUCCCCAAUCCGCCGCAUGACGUUCAUCAACCUAAUUCAGGCGCCUCAUCUUCUGGAGCCUCGAGCUCAUCAAGCAGCUUGGGCUCGCAUCACCAUCCAGAGCGACGUCGAGUUCCUGCCAUUCGGCGCGCGUCCAGAAGACAAAGCCCUCUUUCCGACAGUGAUGUCGAUUCCGACCGAAGCGCGCUCGAACAGGUCAUAGCAUUGGCUGGAAAUCCAACGCAAAUGGCGCGUCAUAUUAUGACUCUGGAAGAAGACCACGUUCGGGCCGCUCAGUUCAUGCGUGGCUCUGUGACCACGAAAUAUGUGGCGUCUUCAUCGGCUAUCCAAUCUCUUCAGAGCGUUCCGAUUACCGAGCUAUCAGAAAGCGAAAGAACCUGCGUCAUCUGCUACAAUGAAUUCGGUGUAGAAACACCCGAGGGCGUGAAGGAGGCUCCGCUGCGACUGCCCAAAUGCAAACAUGUGUUUGGUGAUCACUGCAUCAAGAAAUGGUUUGAGGAGUCGGACAGCUGCCCUUACUGCAGAGAUAAGGUGCCGCACGAAGCCAGGAUCACAUCCACACACCCAAACUUUGACCGGUACUACCGCAAUCGUGGUCAGGUGAAUCUUGGAGGUCUUGCUGGUUACGCUGGCUACAUGCGAGACAGGGACGCCAGUCUUGCGCAGGACGACUCAAACCGCUCGCAAGGAUCUGGAUCUAGCCAUGGUGAACGCCGCUCUCCCCCGACAGACAGCGGUGAAAGUCGGCGUAGGAUUCGACCUCGUACUGGUAUUCAAGGGCCAGGGUCACCAACACUCAGCAGCAGCCGGCCCAGACCAGUAUCCAGCGCAUACGAAAGUAGUAGGAGAGCGCAUGCUGCAAUUCCUGCUCUGCUCCCACCUCGUGGAGCUUUCGCAUCCAACGGCUCCAGUCGUACGAACCACGGUGCUAUAUCACGGGUGUCGUUUUCCGGUUCCAACCUGCAUCAACACCAUCAUCAGGCGACUGGCUUUGCAGGUCAAGGAGAGAACGGGAGCGCCUCGACGCAGGGAGUUCCGAUACUCGCACGCCACCCUAAUGGAGCUGCGCCAACCGCUCUUGGCGUGCCUGAAGGGCUCCAUGGGAACGGAUAUCUGAACCCCGCGAACCGAACCUCACUGCCGGCAGUCCUUCCGGGCCCUUGGAUCGGAGACCUAACAGCACCCGACGAAAGCCAUCGGCGUAUGAUGGGUGGUGAGAAUGGUGUGUCGCUUCAAGCCAACCCAUGGGUACGGGAAUAG